ACAGCUAGAUAAAAAAAAAACUGAUUGAAUACGCUUUUCUUCGGCCUGAGUCUUUAACAUGCAUUUUGUCGAAUUUUGCAUCAAUUUAUAGUUUAAACAUAGUUAUUUGCAAUUAAAAUGGCUAAAGAAGGUGAUAUGUCUUUAUUUAACGACGUUUUGGAGCCGUUCCGGCGGGUUAUAAACACUGACCCGCCGAAAGACAAGUUGUCGGCGUCGACGAAACUGAAUUUUUCGGAUAGUAAUCAAUCUAUUAAAGAAGGUCUUUCUAACCUCUUGUCAAUGGGUAAGCGUAAGUCAAGUCUUGGCGCGGGUGACAAUGCAACGCCUGAGAAGCGAGCACGGACGGACUCUAGCGGCUCGGUCACGGCGCCGCCGUCGCCUUGGGAGGCCAAGAGGCUCAAAAUUGACUUAAUUGCUGCUAAAGCUCAGAUAACAAAACUAGAGGCCCGUGUGAACCACCAACAUACCAUUCGUAAAGAGAUGCAGAUAUUAUUUGAAGAAGAGAAGGUGUCUCUGCAAGAGCAGCACAAGAGAGAUGAACGAGCAUUGUCUGAGAUGGAAGACCGAUUGCAGCUCAUCAGGAGACGUGAGCAGGAGUUGAAAGAGGAGUUUAAUAUGGCUGUACAAGAGCACAAAGAAGCCAAGACUCGCUGGGAGGUUGAGAAGAGUGAUCUCCACAAGCAAAUAGCGGAUUUGAAAGAUAAGCUGCUGGAGGCCAAUGUCAGCAAUAAGGACCAGCUCUCUGAGAUGAAGAAGGAUAUGGAUGAGUUGCUACAGGCUCUUGAAGGCGCGCAAUCCGAAGUGGAGAUGCUUAAGAAUGAAGUAGCGAAGCAAACAUCUCGCGCGGAGCAAUGUUCUUCACUCCGCACGCAGUUGGAAAAGACGACCUUUGAGUUGCAGCAGGUCACCAGCAAGCUCAAAGAGCUGGAGUACGAAAGAGACUCGUAUAAGGACUGGCAGACACAGGCUAAGACGGCUCAGAAACGUUUGAGCAACAUGGCGGAGUUAGAGAAGGAAGUGGCUCGGCUGCGCGCCACGGAGCGGUCUCUCCGCGACGCCGUGUGUAACAAGCUACUGCUUGAGGAACAAGUGCACCAGCUCACUGCCAGGGUAGACGCGCUGCAACCGGUGGCCAACGAGCUGCACGAGGCAAAGGUUAAAAUAGCGACCCUAGAGUCGUCACUAGAAGAAUGGAUGAGCGCGGCGCGGGCGCACGGCGUCGAGAACGCUCGCUCACUGUCUUCGACACUGGAUACGGCAUUGAGCAGCCAACUGACUGCCGCCGCCUCCACGUCACAAACACAGACGCAGUUCGCGCAACUCACUGAGGAAGUGGCAACUCUGAAGUAUGAACGUGACAAGGCGACCAGCAAGUUGAACGAACUGAUGACAGUGCGCAAGAACCAGGAGAGUCUAAUUCACCGGCUGCAGAAGCGGUUGUUGCUCGUCACGAGAGAGCGAGAUAGUUAUAGGCAACAGCUAGACUGCUACGAGAAGGAGCUGACAGUGACGCUGUGCGGCGAGGCGGGCGCGGGCUCGGCGGCGCUGCUGGCGGCGCGCGUGGAGCAGCUGGAGAAGUCGCUGCAGGGGUACCGCGACCUGCUGCAGCACCACGACCAGCACGCGCACACGCAAGCAUUGGAGAAGCUCCGCGGAGAAGUCACGAAGUGGCGCGAAGAAGCUGAGGCGGCGAAGCGUGACGCACAGAAGCUACGUGUACAACGAGACAGUCUGCAGGCGCACAUGGAGAAACUCACCGCGGGCAUAGGGACUAAGGUGUUACAUUUAACGGACAACCCAGCUGCAGCGGCGCAGAAACAGGUGCAAAUGGAUCUAGAAGCAGCUCAAGAAGAGAUAAAAAGACUGAAGGCAGCGCUGCGCGAGGGUGGGGCACAGACGUGCCCUGAAGAGACGCAACAGUUGCGGCAACAACUCGAGAACAGCCGCAUCAAGCUGCAGAGAAUGAAAGAAGAAUUUACAUCAUCUGCACAGGAGUACAGAGAUGUCUGCUACAUGCUGUUAGGUUAUAAAAUAGAUAGGACUGGGCAUAAAAAUUAUAGGAUAUCAAGUAUGUACGCGGAGUCAGUAGAAGAGUACCUAACAUUCACUCUAUGCGACGACGGUAUAGAGAUGGUGCACACAGACUACUCGAGCACUCUAGACGAGCUGGUCGAACUACACUUGCACCAACACCGGUCGAUCCCCGUGUUCCUCAGCGCACUUACUGUGGAACUCUUUACACGGACCACUAUACAGACGCGCUGAACGGAAAUAGACAACAUUUUCUUCGGAUAAAGGUCUAAGGUGUGAAUACAAAUUUGCUUGUUUACUCAUAAUAAACUUAUUAAUGAAAUCUAAUGCCGAUCUCACUUUGUACGCGUUCGUACGUCGUAUGAAUUCGAUCCGUGCGUACACGUACAAGCACGCAGCAAAAUCGCAACCUGGCAAGUACUAAGGGGAGUGCGGAUACUGAGUGCGAGUUGGUUGUAAACUUGUACGUUUACGUACCAGUCGAAUUUGUACAAAAACGCGUCUAAAGUGUCACUGGUUUAAAGCUAUGCCCCCUUGAGCGGAAUAGAAUCGGACAUAGCGUUAAUUUUGCUUUGUAUUGAUUUCUAUACAACUGUAUUGUCUAGAUCAGCAAAUCCUAGCUGGACGUUCAAUGAUAAUAUCUCAUAGUAAUUCUUACAUACCGAAACUUCGAUUUCGCUCAAGUGCAUAGAUUUUUGUGCAUUCGCGUAUCAAUUUGUGCCGGACAUUUGUAUUUAUUGUAGGUGCAAACUUAUGUAUACUAAUCAACAGACAAACAUGUUUCUUUUGCUGUUAAUUUUGUGCUACUUAUCAAGCAUUGGGAAACCAAGCUCAAUUUGAGCGGGAACCGGUGCUGAGCAGUUUAUACAGGACUUAAUUUUAUUUGUAAUAAUUUUGUGAAUAUUACUAUCGGUUUGCUAAGUCUACUUGUCACAUCGCGCUAAUGUUAUUGCUGAUAUAUAAGUAUCUAAUUUUGAAAUUGUAAAAAGAUUUUUUGCACUAAAAUAUACUACUGUCUAACGAAAAUAUGUUGUACAGAACUAAUAUUUUUUUGUUAAUUUAAAUGUCAGGUAUGGCGGUAAUAUCAACUCUAUAUUAUGUACUACCAUCAAAAAUUAGAUAAAUGUGGCACUGAAUUUCUGACCUAUAAUAAUAACCCUUGAGGUGAAUAUUUCAUGAAACCUCACUUAGUAUUUAGCAUACAGCUUACUCCUCUUUUCUCCCUUCGAAAAUAUCAUCAACCGAAUGAUAAAAAGCAUGUUCCUAUCAGUUAGUAUAGAGACUUCACGUAAGGAAAUUAUCUUUACUGAAACUUUGUCUCUUCAAGGUAAUACUGAUGAUUAUAAUAUAGAUAGAUUUCAGUGUUAAGUCAAAAUUUGCCUUGGUUUCUUGGGUUGAUAAAUCAAUGUACGGAACAGUAGUAGUAUCAUUAAGUAAUUACCCUUGGGCUAUAACUAUUAUGCUUUAGUAUAAUUUACUAGAAUAUAAGUGGCCUGCCAAAACUAUGAGUGAACUUGUAAAACUUAAUAGCAAGUAAAUAUUUUUCCCUUGUAAAUAUAUUAUACCUAUUCGCUUAA